GAACCCCCGAACACGCAACCUCACGAUUACGAGUCCGGUAGCCUAACCACUGGGCCACCGACACCACAUGGUGUUUGAGAAAAGGGACUAAAAGCACAAGUGGGAUGAAUUUGUUGUAGACAGUCAGAGUAAAUUUUAGGUUUUUUUUAAAAGUGUGUAGCAUAGAAGCCACAUCUCAACUUGAUCAUUCGUUUUCCGUGAUUAGAUUCAUCAAAAUAGAAUACCUUACUAUACCUGUGUGUAGAAUAAACUUGGUUAGAUAACUUGUUUAUAAAGUCUAUUAUAAUUGUCUUCUUCCAGACGUUUCAUUUUACCAUCAGAGAUAAUUGUCCGCUAUUUGUCUUCUUCCAGAUGUUUCAUCUUACCGUCAGGGUUAGAUAAUUAUCCUUUUUUUGUCUUCUUCCAGAUGUUUCAUCUUACUGUCAGGGUUAGAUACAUUGUCCAUUAUGUGUCUUUUCCAGAUGUCUCAACGUACCCUCAUAGGCCACUGACUUCCUGUCACCUGGUACAACAGACAAGUGAUAUGCUGAGAAGACAAGGUCAAAGUUCAAGCUGCAGAUUUCAGACAGGACAAAGGGUCUAUGAAGAGAAUGUUGGCAGUGUCCGGAAAGAAACCUCUUCUGUUGACAUCGGUGCUGUGGAGAGAGUCUGUGACCUCCAUCAGAACAUAGCAGGUGACAAGCAGAUGGACAACAGAAAUCUCUACCAUGGUCGGGAAAGUCCUCACGAGUGUAAAGUCUGUGGUGAAAUGUUUUCAGAAGUAGGUAACUUACAGACGCACAAAAAAACCCACACAAGAGAUAGGCCUCACCAGUCUGAAGUUUGUGGUGCUGCAUUUACCAAGAGCAGACGUCUACAGGAUCACAAAGGAACACACACAAGAGAAAGACCUUACAAGUGUGAAGUUUGUGGUGCCACGUUUACACAGAGCGGACAUUUACAGGAUCACAAAAGAAUACACACCGGGGAAAAACCUUACAAGUGUGAAGUUUGUGGUGCCACAUUUACAUUCAGUAGCAGUCUACGGAAUCACAAAAGAAUACACACAGGAGAAAAACCUUACAAGUGUGAAGUUUGUGGUGCCACAUUUACAUUCAGUAGCAGUCUACAGCGUCACAAAAGAACACACACAGGAGAAAGACCUUACCAGUGUAAAGUUUGUGGUGUCACUUUUACGCAGAGCGGACAUCUACAAAGUCACAAAAGAAUUCACACUGGAGAAAAACCUAGGCGCGAAGUUUGUGGUGCCACAUUAACAGAUGGUAACAGUCUAUGGUGUCACAAAAGAACACAUUCAGGAGAAAAACCUUACAAGUGUGAAGUUUGUGGUGCCACAUUUACAUGUAACAAAAGUCUACAGCGUCACAAAAGAACACACUCCGGUGAAAAUCCUUACAAGUGUGAAGUUUGUGGUGCCACAUUUACACAGAGUGGACAUCUACAGGAUCACAAAAGAAUACACACCGGGGAAAAACCUUACAAGUGUGAAGUUUGUGGUGCCACAUUUACACUCAGUAGCAGUCUACGGAAUCACAAAAGAAUACACACAGGAGAAAAACCUUACAAGUGUGAAGUUUGUGGUGCCACAUUUACAUUCAGUAGCAGUCUACGGAAUCACAAAAGAAUACACACGGGAGAAAAACCUUACAAGUGUGAAGUUUGUGGUGCCACGUUUACAUAUAACAAAAGUCUACAGCGUCACACAAGAAUACACUCCGGAGAAAAUCCUUACAAGUGUGAAGUUUGUGGUGCCACAUUUACAUGCAGUAGCAAUCUACAGAAUCACAAAAGAAUACACACAAUAGAAAAACCUUACAAGUGUGAAGUUUGUUGUGCCACGUUUAAGCAGGGUGGCAAUCUACAGCGUCACAAAAGAACUCACACUGGAGAAAAACCUUACAAGUGUGAAGUUUGUGGUGCAGCUUUUACACAAAGCGGACAUCUACAGAGUCACAAAAGAAUACACACAGGAGAAAAACCUUACACAUGGGAAUUUUGUAGUGCCACGUUUACACUCAGUAACAGUCUACGUUGUCACAAAAGAACACAUUUAGGAGAAAAACCUAACAAGUGUGAAGUUUGUGGUGCCACAUUUACAUGUAACAAAAGUCUACAGCGUCACAAAAGAACACACACGGGAGAGAAACCUUUCAAGUGUGAAGUUUGUUGUGUCUCUUUUACACGGAGCGAUGAUCUACAAAGUCACAAAAGAAUACACUCGGGAGAAAAACCUUACAAGUGUGAAGUUUGUGGUGCCACAUUUACACAGAGCGCACAUCUACUCAGGCACAAAAGAACUCACACGGGAGAAAAACCUUUCAAGUGUGAAGUUUGUUGGGUCACUUUUACGCGGAGCGAGGAUCUACACAGGCACAAAAGAACACACACAAGAGAAACACUUUUUAAGUGUGAAGUUUGUGGUGCCACUUUUACAGAUGGUAACAGUCUACAGCGUCACAAAAGAAUACACACAAGAGAAAAACCUUACAAGUGUGAAGUUUGUGGUGCCACAUUUACAUGUAACAAAAGUCUACAGCGUCACAAAAGAAUACACACAAAAGAAAAACCUUACAAGUGUGAAGUUUGUGGUGCCACGUUUACGCAAAGCGGCAAUCUACAGCGUCACAAAAAAACUCACACGGGAGAAAGACCUUACAAGUGUGAAGUUUGUGAUGUCACUUUUACACGGAGCGAACAUCUACAGAGUCACAAAAGAACACACACAGGAGAAAGGCUUUUCACAGUGUGACAUUUGUGGUGCCAGGUUUACAUAAAGAGACCAUCUAUGGAGACGCAAAAGAACACACGUGAGAAAAAAAAAUCUAUCAAGUAUUUGGCAGGGGCGGCUCGUGGGUCUAAAAAGUGGGCGUGCACA